AUUAUUGACAAAGAAGGGAAAAAAACGGACGAAGGGAAACAACAACAGGGGUGGUGCGACCAGAAGCAGCGACCCCGGCGGUUAACGUGAACGUGACACGAACCCGUGCACCGGCAGCAAGAAACAUGGCCCCGAGGCGAUGAGAGCGGGAAGUGGCGUUUCCCACCUCAAGGGAGUCGACGACGCAGCGCGAUAGCUUGUGGGAAGCGGGGUGGGGGGGCGCCGGCUGGCCGGGGACGGGGACGAGCUCAGCCGGGGCCAAUGCAGCAGCAGCAGCAUCGACAGCCCGAGCUGGUGGAGGGAAGCCUUCCCGUGUUCGUGUUCCCCACCGAGCUCGUCUUCUACGCCGACGAGCAGACGUCUCACAAGCAGGUGCUCACCCUCUACAACCCCUAUGAGUUCGCCCUCAAGUUUAAAGUGCUGUGCACGGCGCCAAACAAAUACAUCGUGGUCGAUGCCACCGGAGCGGUCAAGCCCCAGUGUUGUGUCGACAUAGUGAUCCGCCACAGAGAUGUGCGCGCGUGCCACUACGGGGCGUACGACAAGUUCCGACUGCAGGUGUCGGAGCAGAGUCAGCGGAAAGCCCUGGGCCACAAGGAGGUGACGGCCACGCUCCGGCCCUCCGCCUCGCAGGAGCCGCCCGGCCCCAGGUCCCAAGAUGAGGAGCGCAGGCUCAAGGAGCAGUUUGCGGUCAGCGAGUUCUUCGAGCAGACCGCCGCGUCGGGUCAGACAGAGAGCCGUCCUGUUGCCGGGGGCCCCAGCCUGCUGACGGUGCUGCUUGGCCUGGUGUGUAUGGCCGCCCUGAUGCUCCCGACCCUGGGGGAGCAAGAAUUUACCGUGCCUGUCUACCUCCACCUAAGUAUUAACAAGAAACUUGUAGCCGCUUAUGUUCUCGGUCUUCUUACGAUGGUCAUCCUUCGCACAUGAAGCGCUGCGAGAGGGGAAAUGAUCCGAAGGCAAAGAGAGCGCCCUCACACCAGAGGAGUUCCGCAGGGUUACGUGGUUAUUAGCUCCAUGCGAAAAAUAUAUUUUCGCAUACCCGUUUUCAAAUCCACGUAUUUGUGUUUGUACGUACGCUGACCCGACGCCUCCAGGUGAAAAGACCGGCGGAGCGAGAGGAGAGCCGUCCCUCUGGAGGAGCAGCAGGCCCGUCCGAGUUGUUUGAGCUCAUAUACACGUGUCCGCAUUUCUAAUGCCAUCAUGUACCAGAAUAUGAUUCAACAUGCAAACAGUACAUGUAUAUAUAAAGCCAUUAAACGUGUGUUAUGGUA